AUGGAGUCUGUGCCUCUCCUCCUGCUGUCACUUUUGCUGGUGGCCAUCUCCCCAGGAGGUGGAAGCCCCCAGCUGGAAUGGAUGCAAAACCCUCCUACACCCUCAGGGACCUCAGCAUCCUUCUGGGUGCGUCUAAGACCAGAGUUGGAGGCGGUGCCGCCGGGGGGCUCCGUGUGGCUUAACUGUAGCCACAGCUGCCCUCUGCCGGUGAGUGCCAACCUCCUCACACAGCUGAGGCAGGGAAAGAUGCUCAAUGGCUCUGGUUGGGCAUCUUAUCAACUACUGAAUGUAAGGGCCUGGAGUUCCAAGGUGCGCUGCGUCGUCACCUGUGCUGGAGAAACACGUGAGGCCACCGCCAGGAUCACCACUUACAAACGGCCGCAAAGUGUGAUCAUGGAACCUCCUGUCCUAGUGGGCCACAAGUAUACUCUGCGCUGCUAUGUGACACACGUGUUCCCUGUGGGCUUCUUGGUGGUGAGCCUGAGGCGAGGUGGCCGAGUAGUUUAUUUUGAAAGUCUGGAGCGCUUCACUGGUUUGGAUCUGGCUAAUGUCACUUUGACCUAUGUGAUUCGAGCUGGGCCCAAUGACCUCUGGCAACCUCUGACCUGCCAUGCGCGCCUUAAUCUGGACGGCCUGGUGGUGCGAAGCAGCUCAGCCCCAGUUAUAUUGACAGUCCAUGCUCUGAGUCCGGCAUCCAAAGCCUUGGCUUCUGCCUCCAUUGCUGCACUGGUGGGCAUCCUCCUGGCCAUAGGGGUUACCUACAUCCGAAAGUACCUGCUGAUGCAUUCCCGGUUGUAG